AUGCUUCUCCUACCGGUUGUUCUCCUUAUCCCACAGCUUGUGUCGGCCCUCCAAGUAACACCAAACUCGCCAUGCGCCUCGAAAUGCCUAGACUCAGACGACCUCGAUGCCUCAGAUCCCAAUUCGUCACACACAAGAAAUUCAGAUGUUGUUUGCGAGGACAACAAGUUCUCGUCGGCAAAGGGACAAAAGUGGCAGACAUGCAUGUCAUGUCUAGAGACGAGCACCUUUUCGCAAGGGGGGGAGAGCGACACCAUGUGGUUCUUGUGUUAUAUCGGGCUAGAUGUUUGCACCACAACCAAGGCCUGUGGACCAUUACGAGACGGCGUCGAACACGGUCUUCUCGACCAAAAGAACAUGACGGCGUACUCAUACUGCAAAGCCGGCGCAGGAGGUGCCAACGACCUUUCCCAUUAUGAAGGCUGCUUGUCUUGUGUUGCCCCCCAUGGCUCGACAGACUACCUGACCAACUACUUCAAGGCGAUGGAGGCCGGAUGUGCCCAGCAACCGGCACCGGGUGUGCCUCUUGGCCUCAACGAGACUGUGUUCUCUAACAACCGAAUCACCCUUGUCGAUCCAUCAGCACCCAAGGACGAUGGCGACAGCGCGCCGGCCGUUGGCACAACCACCAUCAUUGGUAUCGUGGCUGGAGCGGUGGUGUUGCUUCUAGUUGGCGGAGGAUUCGCUUUCGUCUGCCUUCGCAAGAGGAAGAACAAGACCAGACGUGCCAGCGCCGAAGCCGACUUCUACAGCAACUUUGGUGUCGGCGGUCAUGGCCACCGUCCCAAGUCAUCUAUCUCCUUCCAAUGCCAGACACACAUGAUGUCCCCUCGCUUCUGGCCCGGAGCGGAAGAGGGCAUCUCCCCUGCCACCGAGCAGAGCCCAACGGACACCCAACUCCAGAGGUCAUCUAUCUACAAGCCCCCCAUGGGCGGCAUCGACGCCAUCUCUUCCUACCCCACCAAAGAAAACCGUUACAGUGUGCAACAGAAACAACAAGACGAUUCCAUCGCCACCGCUCCCCACAAGAUGGGCAUGCCCCUCCACCAAAUCACCACCACCCUUCCCCCCGCCUCUCCUCCCCAGGUGUACACGGCCUCCUCCGAAAAAGUCUACUACUCCCCCUCAGACUUCAAGUCCCCCCUAUCAGCCGACUCGGUCCGCAGCACCGCUGCUCUUUUACCGGCUAUCAAGCCCUACAUCCCAGCUGAAUACGGCGUCGUUGGUCAAGCGCAGCCCUACCCCCAACCUCAAGUUCCCAGCCCAGCUCCCACCGUCACAUCUUUUGGUCAAAGCCCAACGUCUGCCGUGUCAGCUCCAGGAACGGGGAUGACGCCGCUGCUGAGGGGCAACCCUUGGUCCGCCGCUCUAGAGAAGCCCCAGCGUCCAGUUAUUAAUGUACCGCCGCCUCCGCCGCAGCAGAAGAAGGGGAGGGAGAGCGUGAUGAUGGUUGGGUUGGGGAUUGAUGCCGGGGCGGUGCCGCCCAAAAGGAAGGGGACGCCGACGCCGACGGGGAGUCCGGUGGAGAGUGUGGAGAUCAAGACUGCUUUUAAGGCGCCGCCGAGGAGGUGA